GGGUGUGUUGCGCUUGGUGGUGCCGUCGUGGGUAGCGCCCGGGAGAUUCCCGGACGCCACUUGGGUAGACCUGCGGUCGUUUUUGAACUGUGAUAACAACAUAAUAAUAAUUCCAAGUGGGAGUGUGUCGUAACUGGAUUGCUGACGGCCACGGUUAUGGCCUAAAGCCCGAGCAACCUGUUGCAUCAAGAUGGACCCGCCCUCCGAGUUUACAGCGGAAUCUGUCCGCGAUUAUAUCUUAAGUAGAGGUGGAAAGGUGACCAACCACGAAUUGGUGAAGCACUUCAAACCUUUUCUGACGGAUCCUGUGUUGAAAGACCAUGCUCGUGCCCAGUUCAAAGAGUUCGUCAACACGCUGGCCAGCAUCAAGCUGGAGGACGGUGAGAAGUACCUGGUGCUGAAGAAGAAGUAUCGCUCAGGCUUGCUGGCGGAGGUGCUGAGCGACGUUGGCUCCGAGUACAGUUACGUCUCGCACAGCACCAGCAGCAGCACGCCCGACCCGCCGGACCUGGGUCUGCCGGUGCCGCGCGCGCCGCCGCCGUACCGUCCGCCGCCGCCUCCCACGGCCGGCUACGGGCCGCCGUUCCCGGGGCCGGCGCCGUACCAGCCGCCGGCGGCCUACUCGCCUGGCUACCGGGCGGUGGCGGCGCCCGGGCCCGAGCGGAGCCCAGCGCUUGACGAGUACUACCACGUGGCGGAGAGCCGGCCGCUGCGCGCCGACCCGCAGCCGCUGGGGUUGCCGAGCGCGCUGGAGGAGGAACGGCAAAAGAAGAUCAGCGUGAAGGAGCAGACGCAGAAGUUCAACCGGAUCGCCUCCGAGUCGCAGCUACUGCUGCCCAAGCAGAAUAACAAGCGCCGUGACCGUGCCGACAAGCUGCCUGUUGAUGAUGACGACUCCUUGUCAACGACGACGUUCGAGGGCGUCAACAAGGAGUGGAUCCUGAUCAGCUCGUCCUGCAAGUACAUGGAGAUCGUGCGCAUGCUCAAGGACAACCCCAAGCUGGCCAAACACAAG